UUUAGUUGAAGCACCUGUGUAGCGGUGUCAUGAGGACCGUGAUGUACCGGUAUUUGGACCUCGAUGCUCACAGCGCUGGAAAACACUAGAGGUGGCUGCUGACCCACCUGAGGAAGUCUGGGGCUCGGACGAUCAUGUGCUGGAAGUCCUCCAGAGACAAGCGGCCGUCGUUGUCCAGGUCGGCUUCAUCGAUGACCUUCUCGCACACCAUCCUCACCUCGUCCUCCGUCAGCUCGUUCCUGGUCAGCUUGUUCACCGUCUUCUCCAAGUCGGACUUGCAGAUGAAGUCGUCGUUGUUGAAGUCUUUUCACAGGAGGCCUAAAAUAUGUUGGUUCUGGACCUCAUUUCACACACUCCAGCGUGAAAGAGAGAGGUGAGGUGGCCACCAGGGAGGAGGCCUCAGGGCAGACCCAGAAGAGAUUACACACCUUGCCGUAUACUCCAAUUUCAGAGGAUCUCUAUGGACAUUGCUCCAAAGUGGUGGGGGCGUCAGUGGCAGCCGCAGCUUCCAGCCACCAUGUCAUUGUACUGCUUCAGCACCACGUUUUCGUCAUCAUCAAAGUACAAGAGGUUGAUGGAGAAGAGCUUGUCGGGGACGCAGCAGGGCGUCUCGAUGCCUUUCAUCAGCUUCAGGGCGUUGAUGAUGGACUGGACGGUGGCGUGGUUGGUGGGUCUCAUGUUCUGACCCAGAGGGAAGGGGCAGGAACCUUUGCAGUGGUAGGCGUUGUAACCACGCGGGGAAACGAUCCAGCCGGACCAGCCGAUCUCCUCGAAGUCGACGUAGAGAGGAAGCCGCUGGCAGGGCAUGGACGCCCCGUCAUCUUCGCUGUUGUCCAGGGAACGGGCACUUCGGGAGGACGGGGCAGAGAUGGGGGUCUGAGGCAGGCUGGAGGUCACUUCUGUGUCGUUGGGAUCUGGAGGGAGAUUUUUGUUAGCCUUGUGAUGUUCAGUAGAAUAACUGUCCUUGUUUGAGAUGACAGCUAACGGUCACUACCGCCCCCUGCUGCUACACAAAAGAGCUUGCGUCUCACCUGAGCUCUCCAGAGUCGUGGGCCGCCGGCCGUCAUCGGUGAAUAGCACCAGCAUCGGCUGCUUGCUCCGAUGGUGAUUCCGUCCUGAAGCAAAGCGGAUCAGCUUCAGGUCCACAUGGCUUCCACCCAAAGUCCGGACCACAACGUGAAGACCCAAGUUGCUGCCCUCGUCCACCAUCCAGGACCGAACCUUCAGAACAACAACAGGGUUUAGAGCUGCAGUCUAAUGCCGACAGCCUCCUGAGGGCUUUGGUGUGGACACUCACUGCUUGUGUGAUGGUGAAGACCUCCCAGCCGGUGGAGUGGACCGGGAUCAGACGAGACGACAGAAGCUUCCUCUGCUGCGUGACGUUGGACCUGCUGGUGUCGAGCAGCUGAUAGACGCUCACCUGGAGAGGGCAGGUUCUAAAGGUCGUAGUGCGACAGUUCUCCAGCAGGGAGCGCUGGGAUCAGAUUUGGCAGAGGCAGGAGGUGAUGGCGAGGACUGUCCGCAUCUGGCCGUGCUGGUUGAUGAAGCUGUGGCUCUCGUAGCCUUCAGGUACACACGAGUUGGACUGUUUCUCAGCCCACAAGUGGCAGCGUUCCGGGUCAGAGGGACUCCUGUGGGAGGAUGUAAAUUAUUGUUGGAUGCUAGAAUCAAACAUUAUCCAUCAAAUAUGAACCACAGAAAGUGAUUCACGCGUGCUCACAUAGCUGACUGCUGGUGUCCACAAACUAGCUGUCAGUAAUAAUGUGUAAGUUGUGCAUGUAAUGCUUUGAUCAGCUGCUUCAUGGUCGCGCUGCUGGAGGUUCAACUAGGUUCUUUAAGUCGAGGGUGUCCGCAAAGCCACAUUACGAUUGGACAUAUUUGCACUUCAGUCUAACAAACAUUGCAUUGCUGAAGUUGUAGGGACCAUUUUAUUACAGUUCUGUUACCUGUCUUCAUCAUCGCAGUUGCAGACUGUGAUCAACAACUUUACUACUGACACACUGUAUAUUGAAUGUCUUCAUGUCCUAAAGACAAUAGGAAAAAUUUGACUCCAUUUGGAUCCAGUGACGCCAACCCUUUACAUACCAAUUUGGUUUCCUUUUUAUUUAUUUAUUUAAUUUUUUUUCCUAUUAAACUCUUAAAGUACUGGACUUAAAAUACGGUAUAAGUGGCUAGCACUUGAUAUAAUUUAAUGGCAUGAUGAAUAAUAUGUAUUUAAUUAAUUGAAAUAAAUAACCUGAAUAGAAAUAAAUGUUUUCUUUAUUUUUGAGCAACCUUAUUUAAUGUUUGCUUUACAUGACAUUUAACUGAAAAGCAUAUUCGGAGCUAACAUAAUUAAACAGUGAAACACAAACAAUCCUAUCUUUCUGAAUUAAACAGUUUAAUCUAAAUGUUCCUGUCGUCCUGCUGCAAUUUUAGAACCUGAUCUUAUUGCAAAUGUUAUUGCCGCAUUAACAUGCCAUGAGAUGUUCAAGUUCUUUACAUGGCCCAGCUGUAUCGCAGGGGAGAGUAUUAAUGAGGCAUUUGGUGUUGAAGAAUUCACUUGAAAAGGCAGACACAGUGAGGGCCGAGGUGUCGGCGCUCGCAGGCAAUUGUUAUGAGCAGUUGAAGGAGGUGUGUGUCUGCAGCUGUGUUCAUACGUACCUGAGAAGGCAUCGGUUUCCUGUCGUGCAGCCUCCCAAACAUCUGCCCACGUCUAUUUCCUGCAGGAGAAUUAGCAACACAGAGAAAGAGCCAUCAAGCCUCAAAUAUUGACACGGUUGGGUCGGGGGCUGCUGGUGGGGGGGGCUGCCUCUGUUUAGCAUCUUAACUGCUUUGAUCCAACACCUGCGGUGGCCAUUUGCUUUAGUGUGUCACUGACACCUUCGCCACAAAGCUGGAUUUUAACUUUAUGUGACACACACCAGCCAUGUGUGCGAUGUGUUUGACUCUCUGAAUAUGGAAACUUGAUCUGGAACUGUGCUGUACGUUGUGUUGCUGAAAAAUGUAUUUUUUAAGGCAAUGAUUCCAUUAAUUCCUGUUUGUGUGGCUGUUUCUGGAUGCUUUUGAAACAUUAAACACACAACCACAUUAAUAUAAACCCUGUCUAGAUAUGCUGUUUUAGGAAGUACAACUUUGACCUAAAGGUUAUCCAGACUGCAACACUUCCUGCAGCUCUUCACACCAGGAUGUGGAGUGGAGUUGAUUAAUGGGUGUCUUCCACACUUCCACUCGUGUCUGAUGAAUACAGAUACUUCAUUAAGUCUGGCGCUUGACUGGGCUCAGUACUACUCAGGCUAAGGUUUGUCUGUGAGGGGCUGAUUUUGAAAACACAACUACACAGAAGGGUCGUACUCACCCUCAGCCUCUCCUCUUUGACACCAUCUGCAUGGUGGACUGUUUCGUAGUAAUACUCCACGUACGGGAUCCGGUAGCAGCUUUCCUUCAGCUCGCAGGCCACCACGGUCUGGAUCACAUCGACCUUGUUGGGGGUCUCCACCAGCGCUGAGUCAAACUUGGUGGGGACACAAGAGUAGCCCUCUGGAAAAAAAAAAACAGGCUUCAUGAAAACUUGAUAAAGCCCUCUGUCUUACCAAACUAAAUAUUUAUUGUGAAUCAUUGUCAUGGUGUGAAGACAUAGUCCCUCUGGUGGCCAACAGUGGUAUUUCAACACAAUUUCAUCCAGGAUGUUUGAAUGAUUCCCUUGUGUGUUUAUUUGUACCUAAAUGUUACUUUAAGUUUACAAGUAAUUCAGUUAUCGUUGCUACUUUAUACUCAGUUCAUAAUGAAGUGUUUUUUCAUGAAAACAUUGAAAAAUUAAUUUAAAAAAGCUGACUUUUGUUAAUAAGCACUAAUAGACAAGUUGUUGAGAAAGUAUUUUUGCACUCAAAUUCAAAUUGUAGUUGCUGUAGCUGAUGAGUAAGCAGUGGUGGAGAACUAAUAGUAGAAGUAGUUGGAGUAGAAGUAUAUAGAGGAUUAAGACAAUAAAGGCCACAGGAGCAUGUGUUGCGUAUGUAGUAUGAGCUGCAGUAAAGUUAGUUGCAGCAGAAGAAGGUCUCAUAUCAAUUGCAGUACUUAAAGUAUCAGUAGAAGUAUAAAUAGCUUCAUUGUGCUGGUAGCUUGUCGUGGUAGAUCGAGUAGUAAUACUUCAGUAUUAGUCUGGUCAUAGUGGUUUCAUUUAUAGAUCCUGUUAUUGAAAGUGUUGUUGACACAGUGUCACUCCAAGUUGUAGUAGAGUGAGGGAGAGGAACGACAGUCGAGUGUGUACUAGUUGUGGAUGUAUGUACUGUCGUAGUAAUAGCUCCAGGAGCUGAAGUGAAUUGGUGGCUGUGAGGCUGUGGUUGUUGUGUAAGUGUAAAGAGUAGCUGUGGAAGUAGAGGUGGUAUGUAUCUAGCAGAGGUAGCAGCAAUAGUAGUAAAGGUCGACCGUUUAACAGAAGUGGUGACAGUAGUAGUGACAAUGGUAGCGGUAGUCGUUUAGCUGCAGCGAGUUCCAGUAUCAGGUACACACCUGGGGAGCCUUUGGACCGGGAGCACGCGCCCACGUCCACCACUGACUCGUAGGGAGUCUCGGAGUAGUAGGUUCGGAGCGCGGGGACGCGGAUGCACUGGGUCAUCUGGAGCUCGCAGUGACACUCCUCGAUCACUUCCACCUCCCGCGGGCCCUCGAAGAGCAGCACUCGUUCCACGCGCAUCCCGGUGGGCUCGCACACCCGGUUCACCCCGCAGGACGCGAGCUGGCUCCGGGGCUCGGGGCUCUCCGGAGCGCUUGGUCUGCGCGUUUUCUGCUUUUAAAGAGAGACGCGUUGGAGUCAGGCACGUUGAGACAUGUACUACGAAGUUUACCAACAUUAGAGUUCAACGAAAUAACGAGGAUAAACGUGAACUCUGCAGGGAAAUAGGCGUAUGCGUUGCCUACAGCGACACCCAGUGGGCUCUAGUGGGACUGCACUCACUUUCUUGCUCCUGAGGAAUUCCAGCAUGGAUGCAUGAUGUGAGUAUUCCUGCUGCCCAGUUUCAUGCGAGGCCCUGGCAGUGCCCCCACAGUGUGACCUGCACAGACCCACAUCCACACUGACAGGACUCCCCGAUAUGUCUGAGGGCAGAAACACACAUGAGUCCAACACUACUUUCAGUUCAGCAGCUGCUGCAGACGCGUCAUCUGUCUUACCUUGGCCAACGUAGACGAAAUGGCUCUGUCGUUUGCAGCACGCUCUCUGUGUAAACAAGUUUGGUCGAUCGAUGUGUUUGCUCAAUGCCCCUGUCACUUGAAAACAAAACACAAACAGUGCUUAAGUAGGUCACGCUGUCAUUUACCAGCCCCUUUACAAACAUGAAUAGCCUAAAAAUAUACAAUUUCAGAGCACAGUUCAGUUUAAUGCACGGACAUAGCGUUUAUAUCCUUUGGUGUAAAUAAGAUUAGGUUCCAUCUAUAUCACAUUAAAUAUGAUUAGUUUUCCUGCAAAAAUAAAAUCAUAUUUUAAGAAUAUAGUGGGUAUAUAUAUAUCUUUUUACAGUGCUGCUUAGUUAGUAAAUAUAGUGUUGGCCGUGAAAAUAGAUUUAUUUUUCUUUUCCAAUCUGAUUCCAAGUGUGCAGGGGUGUUAAUAUUCAUGGAUAACCAGCAAACUUAUGAGGAGUAGAAGUUAAAAAUACUUACAGGUCAUGUGCAGGGCAAACAGGCUGAGGAGACACUGUUGGAGUACUUUCAUGGUUUCUGCUCCGCGGCUGCCAAAUGCUGAGUGUUCCUCUGCCCGCUGACGCCUCUGAUAUUUAUAUGCGAUCCUUCAAUUUCACCCAAAAGCAGGCUCUGCAAGUGAGGGCUAAUCAAAUUUCCAUGCCGAAUGCCUUUGUGGGGCAGCGUUCCUGGAGCCAGGGCCACUUCAAAGGCUUUCACCCCUGCUACUGCAGCCUGAGAGCCCGCCGGAUGGAGUGUGUGGACGAGGCCCGCGCUCACCCUAAUGAAGGGCUUAAGUAGUCGCCAGCCAUUCAGAGCGACACUCACUCAAAGGCAUUAAUCAUCUUUUAUCUCGGAGGGAGGGUAUUUAGCACCUCAGACUUAAAACAAAACCGGGCCCAAACACAUAAACAGGAUCAGCGUGGGGGCCAGGCCUUCACCUUCCCACAAGCCAGCACCUUUGUGUUUAUUCAACAUCACACCAAAUGGCCAGACCUGGCAGGGCGAACCCUCAAAUCCUUCUUUUUUUGUUCAGUCAAACUCGUGUGCUAGAGCGCCGUCAUUAUGAAGAAGGCCGAAUUUAAGCCACUAUUCCUGUUGCUCUGACAAGAUUGACCAGAUGAAUCUCCCCUAAAUGUCCCUUGACAAGGUGUUAGCCCUUGUUUGAAGUGGUGAUGUGAUCCCCUCAUUUCGGCCCGGAUUAUCAUUUGGACAGUCGUCAGCACUCAGACACCCUAAUUUAGGUGACGCCCUACUGAGGUUUCUAUUGUUCACUCCCUUCAUUACAUGCUCUGUCCUCCCACCAGCCGACACUCCUCGUAAAACAUUGUGAAUCAUUUGAUUGAAUUAUGUUGCUCAUAGUUUAAAUGGUUGAAACGUGAUUAUGAUUAUAGCAUCAUUUCGCUCCACUCAACAUCAAGAUCCAGGGUGUUUCUCCCUACGGACCGGACCUUCCAAAGUAGCGCCUCCUAUCUGCAGCAGUAAGAAUUAAAGGGAAUCUGAAGACUGAACAAAAAAUGCCAUUUGCAAGUGCUAGUUUUAGUUUUGUGUUUGUUUCCAUAAAGUCUUGAGAAGUCAUCGAGGCAAAAGCAAAGCAUUGUCAUUACAAUUUAAACUACCAAUUCAAAUCAUUUAUUGGAGCAGCAACAAUCGUAAAAAUAUAAAAUAAUCACACUUACGUACAAAAACGUAAACAUGAAUUUUAAAUAUAUGGAAAAGACAAAUAAAUAUGAAUUCCAAAUUCUAUUUGGAUAAAGGUUUACAUUUAAAUUGUGUUGGACACAAAACACAUUCUAUUGUCUGUGCGAUGUGUCUGCACGUGCCACUAUCAGUGGACCUGAUUAUGGAUUAUAAUCUCAACACACUGCUUAAGUGUCGGACACCUGACAAUGCCAGCAGAGGUUGACUGCAGUGGCCAGACCGUCUGGCCUCGUCUGGUGCUGCUGUCUGGGUCAGGCACCUGGGUCAGGGGGCCACCGUUGUAGCUCAGGCUGACCGAUAAAGACCUUGAAUCAAUCCACGCUUUUACACAGCUGCCUUUAGUUGUGGUUAUUUUCUAAUACAUGCAUUCCCUUUGAAUUAUUUAAUACAGGACGUACCUAAUCUCUGUGACAGUAAUUGAGCUCAGCUGUAUUCAGAACUUCGCUCAAACCUUUCUGCCAUAUGAUUUAUUUUGUGUUAGUGUUUCCGAUAUUUCCAAGCUACCACAGCUCGAUCACUGGAUUAUGAAAAGUAAAAUCACAUCUGUCCAGUUAUCUGAAUGAAGAAAUGAAAUAGAACAAUGAAAGGAUCCACCCAGUUCCUGACUCGCGAUUGCAGCAUGCCACACUGGCCACUAGAGGACUUGCAUCGUCUGCUGUAGUCAUCAGGUCGCAAGGCUGGAUGUGCAUUUAAAAUGAUUAUUAGAUGGCAAUGCUCAUCCACAUGAAAUAUGAAAAAAGCUGCCCGAGAUAAUGUAUUGGAAGUUGAAAUUACAUAUAUAAUAUUGACCAAAAAUAUGUCUUUUCAAAUGUGAUUCAUAGCUGUGUUGAAGUGGGAGAGAUUGAUAGACCGAUUUGGUAGAUUAUGGAAGUCGUAUGUGAAGAAUUUUGUUAAAAAUAUUGUGCCAUCAAAGGGCUGAUACUGAUCAUGUGGGACAUGAGCAGAUGUAUUUUGAGGCAGCUGCAAUCCUCCAUGGCCUGUUUGGAAGGGAGUGCUUUAAUACGAGCGGGGAUUAUAAUCCCUGCAGCGCCCCCUUCACUGAUGUGUUUUGUAAAGGUAAUCCCAUCCCCUUCGAACACCUGCGUCCGUCCCAGCAUUUAGGUCUCGGGGUUAAAAGCUGGUCAAGCCAUUGUCUGUCUGCAUGGGAGGAGUCCAACACUCAGGGAUUACAGAGCCAUGUGCACUUCUGGAUUAUACAGCAGGAGACAAUACUUAAAGGCCAUAACAGGGAGGGUCAUCUGUUUCUUGAUCACCUGAGGCUGGUGUAAUGUCUUUAAACACCAAAAACAACGUGAUAAACAAACAGAGGACCAAGAAGAACAUCAGAGGAAAGACAUGGACCCAUCUGAGGACGGCCCCUUGUAAGGAGGAGAUCAUCUCCGUGAAAGAGAGACGAUGUCAUGGAGACCUGGAAGCAAGAGAGAAUUUGCCGGAGGAGCUGGAGCUCCAGAGGCUGACGGCGUUUGAGAAGGCCUUUUAUGACCUCACCCAUUCGGAGAAGGUGAUGAACGACCUGACGUUUGGACGCCGGGUCGGACUCUACGAGCUGAGGGGAGAAAUCGGCUCCGGAAAUUUCUCUCGUGUCAGACUGGGGAAGCAUGACCUGACCAAAGAGAGGGUGGCAGUGAAAAUCCUGGAUAAGGUCCGUCUGGACCAACGCUCCCAGGCGUUCAUCGGCUCGGAAAUCUCCUGCAUGGAGAAGCUGACCCACCCUAACAUUGUGCGCCUGUACGAGGUGGUGGAGACGUUCAAGAGGCUCUACCUGGUGAUGGAGUAUGCCAGCGGUGGAGACCUGUUCUCCCGCAUCAGCAGCAGGGGGCGACUCUCAGACCUGGAGAGCAAACUGGUGUUCUCCCAAGUCAUCUCUGCUGUCGGACACAUGCACGAGAGCAACAUCAUCCACCGGGACAUGAAGGCGGAGAAUAUCUUCUACACCAGCACCUUCUGCAUCAAGGUGGGCGACUUCGGCUUCAGCACCUGCUGCCAGAACUCGGAGGUGCUGCACACGUUCUGUGGCUCGCCGCCGUACGCAGCGCCGGAGCUCUUCAGGCAGAAGGGCUACAUCGGCCAGUACGUCGACAUGUGGGCGCUCGGCAUCUUACUAUACUUCAUGACGACGGCUAGCAUGCCUUUCAAAGCCACCAACACGGGCCGGCUGAGGCGCUGCAUCCUGCAGGGCUCCUUCACCGUGCCGCCGUACGUACCGGAACCGUGCCAGGAGAUCAUCAAGGGGCUGCUCAGGCAGGUCCCGGUGGACCGACUCUCCAUGAAACAGGUCGUGUCCAGUGAGUGGAUGAGAGGUGUCCAGUAUCCACAGGCCUACCCACCGUGCAGUCCCACUCCUUCCCUCCUGGUGGAGCCGUCGUACAACCUCAGCACAGAUGAGUUCAGCGUGAAGACAGCCAUGGAGGACCUGGGCAUCACCAAGGAGCAUCUCCUCAGCAACACGCUGGACUUAAGAAGCCCCAUCACAGGCACUUACAGGAUUCUUCUGCACCGUGUCCAGAAGAAAAGCUCAGUGGAAGCUGUGGGCUGUGGCCAGACGUGCGUCACCCAGAACAGAUGGAGAGCAGGUUCAGAUGGUCUCCUGAAGAGCCGAGACUCUGUGAUGAUCUAGAGGUGCAGGAUUGGAAGUUCUGACCUGUUGUCAUGACCCAGUUGAAGGUUGGAGAACCACCAGUUCUGCUAAAGGAAUCACUCUGGGGGCUGUAGAAUCAGGCUGACCUCAC